AUGAGCGCGAUGGCCGCCGACGGAAUCGAUGAUCGCGAUAUUCCAAAAAUGGAAUUGCUCGAAGCUGCGUUCAAUUCGGAUUUGAAAAAGAUUGAUUCGCUUAUGCGCGAUGGGCAAGUUCAUAUUGAUUCAACCGACGACGAUGAUGUCACCGCGCUACACAUCGCCGCCGCCAUGGGCAACACCAACUUGGUGCGACGUCUCCUCGAUUAUGGCGCUAACAUUGAAGCUUGCAAUCAGCUAGGCCUUACUCCGUUUUUAUACGCGGCUCGCGAAGGCAAACUAUCUGUCAUCGACGUCCUUCUGCAAAAGGGUGCCGACUAUCGGAAACUAACGUAUUUAGGAGUGAACGCGUUAACAUUGGCGGCGGCUGGCGGCCACGCCGAUGUCGUGAAGAAGCUGUUGAGCUUGCGCGAUGAGAACUGGCGAUCUGCUCCGCGUAAUCGUUAUCUGGCACCCACUCCACUCAUUGCGGCUACCUGUUUCAAAUCGUCACAAAUAUGCAACACUUUGAUUAGAGCUGGCGCAUCUCCUGACGAAACUGUCGACACCUUAAAUGGCCUCAGCGCACUGUCAGCCGCUAUACUUUGUACACCGGGUGUGUACAUGGUGUCGUCUUUGCUAGAUCUUGGUUCAAGUCCAACAAAACGAACUUUAAAUCGAAUGAAUGCAAUGGAAUUGGCGACGAGAGCAAAACGAAAAGAUAUCGUCAAUAUGUUGUAUGAAAAGAAAAACGCGAGAAAUGAUCUUGGCGCUCACAGAGAUAUUCGUAAAAUUGUCGCCGACGACGAAUUGACCGAAAGGUUAGUUGAUCAACCAUCCCAAGAUGGCUGCACACUUCUAAUGUUUGCAAUAAUCGUAAGGAGCAUCAACUCGGCUAAAUGGCUUCUUCAAAAAGAUGCUGAUGUGAAUGCCAAAGACAAUAUGCAUAUCACUGCGUUACACUAUGCAUCCCAUUUGAGGGUUGAAGAAAUCAUUCCACAUUUGCUAUCUAAAAAUGCGCGGACCAUUGACAUUAAUAAGUUCAACUUGAAUGCUUAUGAUUUGAUGUUACGCUCAUCCGAAAUCGGCGACACCUCCAAUAUUCGUUCGCAAAUUCACCCGUACCGGCCGGCGCAUUUGGAGUUGAAGCUUAGUUUCAGCGCGUCAUCGUCGAGUUUGUAUAAGACACUUCAGCCGAAGGGAUGGCUCAAUAAAGUGUCCUCGCAAAUAUUUUUGGCAUCCGCUGAACGCGCUCCGGAAGCGAUUGAGCCGAGAAAAUGGCUUGACGCGAUUGCGCAAUAUCAACCGGCAAGGGAUAGAAAUGCCACAAAAUUUGCGUGUGUCGAGGACAUUUUGCGAGGUACCAAAUCGGCACGACCGCCGGAAUCGAAUCCGUACGAUAUUGUCACUGAUGCGGCGCGUAGUUCAAUGGAAGAGUGCCAAUCGUUCAUGGUGACAUUCUUUUGCGACGCCUAUGGCGAAAAGGAGGAUCAGCAAAGAGCGCCGGAGCAAACGCUUCCCAACGAUUCAAAGUGUUAUGAUGUCUCGCAAUAUUACGCGCAGGCUUCGGGUUAUCCGCCGAAUCGGAAAUUCGCGCGCAACUCGCUUGUCCUCCGUCGACGCGACAGUGUUGAGAGUGUCGAUCGUCGCGGAAAGCCGCGCAACUUCGCGAUGGUCGAGCAUCCGUCGCAGAAUCAAAUGCGAACGACGCCGAGAAUGCUGAAAAAGUCGAGAGAUGUGAUGGGAGAUUCAGGCUAUGGUACAACUUCGUAUUCUGCUCGAAUUAAUAACAGACCGAAUGUCCCAACUGUCGUUGUUCAUCCGAAGCCUCGCGGAUUAACAAAUCAAAUGAUAUGGGACCAAUUCAUUUGCCGCAAUAAACAUUUGCUAAUGAAGAAGUUGCAAAAAGAAGAAAUCGAUCGAUUUACCUUUAUGGAGUUGAAUGAAGCAAAUUUGAUGGAGAUGAACAUUUUGCAAAAAGAGGAUUGGAUUGUAAUUCGCGAUAUUCAACAAUCGCUUAGUGUAUUAUUGAAUCCUUAA